UGCUUCUUUAUCACCCAUUCAAUUCUAAAAGUAAACGGGAAGAAAUUGAGUAUUUCGGCAAGCAAAUUAUUGCCUCAAGUUCCAUUGGAAAGAAAUCUCCGAUUGUUAAGUUAAAUGAUUAUCUGUUUUUAUAUACAUUCCAAGGUUCGUUUGUUAAACAUGUAUCGAAAUGUUUAUUUUUAAAAUUCUAAACUCAAUUUUGUAAUCAAUUUGUUACCAAUAGUUUUAACAAGUAGGCAGAAUGUGUAGAGGUGGAAACAAAGUGGAUGCUUUUUUAAAAUAAACCUAGGCUUUGCUUAUUUAAAAUUUUUUUUAAAAAAAUUUAAUGCUUUUAAAUAACAUAGACGUUGGUUAUGAAUUGACUGUCGUAGUGACACAAUAAAAAAAUAAAAUAAAAUAAUAGUUUAAUACAUUAAUCAACGUGGGCGUAUUGAGUUAAAUGUUCUUGGAUUGCUAGUUGAAUUCAAAUAUUUAUUUACAGUUUGACAGUUUUUCCGGUUUACUGUACUCUAAUGAAUGCCUCAGUGAUGUGCUUGAUAGCAACUUGUGGCGUGACAAGAUUUUGCCUAACGACUUGAAAAGUCGUGUACCGUAGUAUUGUCAGUAAAGCAAAACAUGAGAUGUUGUUUUGGUGGGUACUACGCAAAAGAAUUCGAAUGCCAUGCUUAUUUUAACGACAUUGAAAAAACUACUGGAAGUCGUCACGUUACAUUGCCAAACUUCCCACUUGAAUGAAGAAAUUAUAAAAAAUAAUUUUAUUUCAUUAUAUGAAUUAUUUGAUGAAGCACUUCCCUUUGGUUUACCACAAACUCUCAAUUAUUCAGUUUUGAAAAAAUAUCUUGAUUGUUGUAACAAACAAUUUUUAGAAACACUGGGUCAUCGACAAUUACGGCGUUUAACUUUGCAAACAACGGGUCCCGUUUCGUGGCGUGUUGAAGGUAUUCUGCAUAAAAAAAACCAACUAUGUUUAAACAUUGUAGAAUACGUGAAUAUUCAGGUGUCUCAGAAAGGAGAAAUAUUGUCAAGAGAUGUGUUUGGUCAAUUGUUGAUAAAAUCAAACCUUUCAGGACUUCCUCAGUGCCACAUCAAUAUAAACGCAAUUUGUGAUAUACCCAAUCUUGCUUUGUUAUGCCAAGAAACUGGUGAUUCAGUCAACGUCGGAGAGGCAGUGGGGAGGAAUCAGUUAAAAAAAAUUCGUUUAACAAAUGUUUGUUUUCAUCAAUGCGUAAAUUUGGCGUCUUUCCACACUAAGGAUCCAACAAUUAGCUUCAUACCUCCCGAUGGUGAAUUUGAACUCAUGUCAUAUGCUGUGACAAAAAAUAUUUUCAUUCCUUUCCAGGUCUUUUUCAUUAAAUAUGAAAUAACCUCCACUUUCUUCGCGUUUCAUAUAAAAUUAUCUUCCACAUAUUCAAAGUGUCUCUUUGCGUUACCUGUUUGCUUAUAUGUACCAUGUCCUGAAUCGUCUGUUCAAGCUCAAAUUUCCGUUUCAAAUUAUGGUGAAGCCUAUUUUAAUGAUGCCGAGCGUAGUAUUUCAUGGAAAAUUCGUAAAUUUCCAGGAAAAUGCCAAGCAUCUUUAAAGGCUACUGUUAAAUUAUUAUCUGUUAUUAAUGAGAAAAACUCGAUGCGCCAACCUGUUACCUUAAAUUUUAAAGUGCCAAUGUUUACUGCUUCCGGCCUUGGUAUAGAAUCUCUUCAAAUUUUUGAAAAAUCAUAUUUUCCAGUCUGUCAAAAAAUUCGAUAUACUACACAGUCCGGUGUGUGUCAUUACAAUAUACAUGCUUCUGGAGAACCGUCGUAGUAAAAUGUAUAGCUUUUGUUACCUUUUUACUUUCACUUUAACAUGAACGUAAAAAAUUUUAAAAGUUUAGUGGUCGUUUUUUGUUGUAGAAAAAACACCUGUAAAUAGAGAAACAAAAUCGUAAUACAAACAAAAUAUAAG